GGAUUACUGGGCAGGCUCAGUCUUUCGCCUCAGUCUCGAGCUCUAGCUGGUAGCGAGACGUACGCGCUCCGGUUCUUCAGUACCAGCGGCCGCCAUCGACGCCGUUUGGUUCCUCUGGGCACAUCUGCGCCACUCACCCGCCACACACUCCACCCUCAUAAGCCGCCGCCAUGGUGAAGCUCGCAAAGGCUGGUAAAAAUCAAGGUGACCCCAAGAAAAUGGCUCCUCCUCCAAAGGAGGUAGAAGAAGAUAGUGAAGAUGAGGAAAUGUCAGAUGAAGAAGAUGAAAGCAGUGGAGAAGAGAUUAUCAUUCCUCAGAAAAAAGGCAAGAAGGCUACCACAACUCCAGGAAAGAAGGUGAUGGUUUCCCCAACAAAAAAGAUUGCCGUUGCCACACCAGGCAAGAAAGCAGUUGUCACCCCUGGAAAAAAGGCAGUGGCUGUGCCAACCCCUGGCAAAAAGGCAGCAGUUACACCAGCCAAAGCAUUAGCCACACCUGGUAAGAAGGGAGGCACACCAGGCAAAGCAUUGGUAGCAACUCCUGGUAAGAAGGGAGCAGCCAUCCCAGUCAAGGGAGCAAAGAACGGCAAGAAUGCCAAGAAGGAAGAUAGUGAUGAGGAAGAUGAUGAUGACAGUGAAGAGGAGGAUGACGAUGAUGAGGAGGAUGAGGAUGAAGAUGAGGAUGAAAUUCAGCCAGCAGUGAUGAAAGCUACUGCUGCUGCUCCUGCCUCAGAUGAUGAGGAUGAUGACGAAGACGAGGAUGAGGAUGAAGAUGAGGAUGAGGAUGAUGACGAAGAAGAUGACUCUGAAGAAGAACCAAUGGAGAUUACACCAGCCAAAGGCAAGAAAGCUCCUGUAAAAGCUGUUCCUGUGAAGGCUAAGAGCACAGCUGAGGAUGAAGAUGAGGAGGACGAUGAAGAAGAUGAUGAUGAUGAUGAUGAAGAGGACGAUGAAGAUGAUGAAGACGAGGAUGAUGAGGAAGAGGAGGAGGAGGAGGAGGAAGAGCCUGUCAAAGAAGCACCUGGAAAACGAAAGAAGGAAAUGUCCAAACAGAAAGCUGCUCCUGAGGCCAAGAAACAGAAAGUGGAAGCCACAGAACCGACUACGGCUUUCAAUCUCUUUGUUGGAAACCUGAACUUCAGCAAGUCUGCUCCUGAAUUAAAAACGGGUAUCAGUGAUGUUUUUGCUAAGAACGAUCUUGCUGUUGUGGAUGUCAGAAUUGGUGUGUCGAGGAAGUUUGGCUAUGUGGAUUUUGAAUCUGCUGAGGACCUGGAAAAAGCCUUAGAACUCACUGGUUUAAAAGUCUUUGGCAAUGAAAUUAAACUAGAAAAACCAAAGGGAAAAGACAGUAAAAAAGAUCGAGAUGCAAGAACACUGUUGGCAAAAAAUCUGCCUUAUAAAGUUACUCAGGACGAAUUAAAAGAAGUGUUUGAAGAUGCUAUGGAGAUCAGAUUAGUCAGCAAGGAUGGAAAAAGUAAAGGGAUUGCUUAUAUUGAAUUUAAGACAGAAGCUGAUGCAGAGAAAACCUUGGAAGAAAAGCAAGGGACAGAAAUAGAUGGGCGAUCCAUUUCUCUGUACUAUACUGGAGAGAAAGGUCAAAAUCAAGACCAUAGAGGUGGAAAGAACAGCACUUGGAGUGGUGAAUCAAAAACUCUGGUUUUAAGCAACCUUUCCUACAGUGCAACAGAAGAAACUCUUCAGGAAGUAUUUGAAAAGGCAACUUUUAUCAAAGUACCCCAGAACCAAAAUGGCAAAUCUAAAGGGUAUGCAUUUAUAGAAUUUGCUUCAUUUGAAGAUGCUAAAGAAGCUUUAAAUUCCUGUAAUAAAAGAGAAAUUGAGGGCAGAGCAAUCAGGCUGGAAUUGCAAGGACCCAGAGGAUCACCUAAUGCAAGAAGCCAGCCAUCCAAAACUCUAUUUGUCAAAGGUCUGUCUGAGGAGACUACGGAAGAGACAUUGAAGGAGUCAUUUGAUGGCUCUGUCCGGGCAAGGAUAGUCACUGACCGGGAGACGGGCUCUUCCAAAGGGUUUGGUUUUGUAGACUUCAACAGUGAGGAAGAUGCCAAAGCCGCUAAGGAGGCCAUGGAAGAUGGUGAAAUUGAUGGAAACAAAGUUACUUUGGACUGGGCCAAGCCUAAGGGUGAAGGUGGCUUCGGGGGUCGUGGUGGAGGCAGAGGUGGCUUUGGAGGCAGAGGCGGUGGCAGAGGAGGCCGAGGUGGAUUUGGUGGCAGAGGCCGGGGAGGUUUUGGAGGUCGAGGAGGCUUCCGAGGAGGCAGAGGAGGAGGGGGAGACCAUAAGCCACAAGGAAAGAAGACGAAGUUUGAUUAGUUUCUUCUAUCCCUGUCUUUCCCUCUUCCAUUUGAAAAAGAAAGGACUCUGGUGUUUUUACUCUGUUACCUGAUCAAUGACAGAGCCUUCUAAGGACAUUCCAAGACAGUAUACAGUCCUGUGGUCUACUUGGAAAUCCAUUUAGAUAACAUUUCAAAGGAGAUAACCUGUUGGUUUUGACUGGAUAUUCGUAUAAACUUUUUAAAGAGAUGAGUGGUAGAGCUAACCCUUAUCUGUAAGUUUUGAAUUUAUAUUGUUUCUUCCCGUGUACAAAACCAUUUUUUUCCUACAAAUAGUUUUUUUGUGUGUGUUGGGAUAUAAAGGAAAGCAGAAUGUUUUAUCAUGAUUUUGCUUCAGCAGCUAUGGGACAAAUUAAAAGUCCUAAACUCUGGUGCCAGA